AUGAUUUCAAGAAAGUUGGUAUUUAAGCAAAUUUUCAAGAAUAAAAUAAAUAUUAAUCCACAAUUAAGUAUCCCAAUUUUGAAUAAAUUUUAUGAACCACAAUUAUUUUUACAACAGAAUCAACAACUUAGAUCUUUUGCAACUUUUAAUAAUGAAUAUGAAAUCGAUUACAUAUCAUUAACUAAAAAGAUUAAAAAACCAAGCUCCAAGAAGAUAUCUAAUGCCUCACCAAUUUUAAAUCUUCAAGAACCAGAUAAUUUAUGGUAUCCAUUUGAAAAAUUAUAUACAUUCAAUGAAGAAUUAACUGAACCAUUAUUAGACUAUUAUAUUUGGGAAGGGAAUUUAAAAGAUGAAGAAGGUCAUUUACAAGAUUUAGCCUAUGUUAAAGAAUUUUAUGAAGAAUUGCUUGUUUUCCAACACUUUUUACAAGAAGCAUUUGAAUAUCGAAUUAAACAAUUUUCAGAUUUAAAUAGUAUGGAAAUUAUUAGUACUUUAUUUAUCUUUCAAGAUAAAUAUAGUCGUGGUGAAGUUGCUGAAGUUACAGAAUUAAAUACAUCAAGAUUUGAUGAAAUGACCAAGAAUUUUAUUGGAUUUGUUAACGAAGAUCCAUUAUUCACCCAGAACUUAUCAAUUGAUUUAUUACCCCAAGUUCAAAAAAGUGAACAAGUAUUGGAAUUUUUGGAAAAUGGGUUAUUUUUUUAUAUUCCCGAAUUGAAAUCAUUAGAUCAAGAAUUUAAUUUCAAGAAAUUUAGAUCUAAAACUGAUUUGUUACUUCAAAUUGAAAAAAUGUUAAAAAAAUUUGACGAAUAUCUUCAAUCAAAUUCAAAUGUUGAUGAAAUGUUUUUUAAAAUUUCAAUACAAGUUGCUCGUUACAAAAAUUUGAAAAGUUUAUUGGAAAUUACAAGUACUCCCUUGAAAUUAAUAAAAAAUAUCAUUACCAAAAAUGAUUUUUCAUUAGCAUUAGAUUAUAAAAGCUUUGAAGAUUAUCGUGAUAUGGAAAUUUACUUCGAUAAAUUAGAACAACCUGUUUUAGUUUGGAAUAAAUUAUAUUUUGCAAAUCAAAUUCCAAAAACUAAAAAUUAUUUCAAAUUAGCUCCAUUAUUAUUUAAUAUUGCUCAAGUUGAAACAAACCCAUAUCAUGAGGAAGCAAAAUCAUUAUUUGAUGAUUUGACUACUGAUCAAUUAAAAGCAGGAAAAUUAUUACCUGCGUUAGUUUAUGAAGAUUUAGAGUUACAAAAUUAUAAAUUCUCUUCCAAUUUUGAAGAUAAUUUCACUUUGAAUUUUUUGUUCAAAAUUAACUAUCCAUUUGAUAAGUUCCAUAGUUUAAGUGAUACAGAAUGGGAAUUUUAUGAUAAAACAUUGAGUUCUUUUGAAUUAAACGUUUUAAAUAACUUGGAAUUUGAAAAAAUUAAAGAAAUUCUUGAGCAACCAGAGGUAAUCAUCAAAUACCUUGAAUUAAAAGGUCAUUCUUUAAGUAAAUGCUUUCCACCUUAUUCGGAGAUAAUAAAUUAUGUUAGGGAGUUAAAGAGUUUGAGAAGUGAACUUGGAGUGUACUUUGAAACUUUCGCUAGCGUUGGUGAUCUUACUGACUUUAUCUUGUUAAGAAAAGAUUUACCUGACUCAAAAUUAAUUCAAGCGAUUGAGGACUCAUCAAAAUAUAUUGGCAAUAAUCUAAGAGCUUUAGACGAUCUUGUAGAAGAUUAUACACCAGAUGGGUAUUCUAAAGUUGGUGAAACUUCAGCUGAGUUAAGUUCGCAAUAUAAACAAAUUCCAGACUGGUUGAGACUUGAAAAUCAUAUAAACGAAAUUAAAUUUUUAAAACAACUAGUAGGUGGAUUUGAGGAUAAAGCAAAGGUCAUGAGUAAAGUUGAUGAAGUGUUGACUGAUCUUUUGAGUGAUGAUACUGUGUAUCCAGAAAUUAAUCAUGGAAGUUUCAUUAAGUUAAGUGGAAAAUUAAGAGAGUUUAGUUACAACAACUCUACUAACUGUUUAGAGAUCCUAAAUGCAGUUGUUUUAAAUAAUGAUGUUUUUGCACAAUUCGAAAAAUCAUUUAGUCAAAAACCAACCACAAUUGAACCAGCAACUUCAUAUGUUCAAAUUCCAGAUGACUUACAAUUAUCUAACUUUACCAAAGAAUUACUGAAAUUAAAAGAAUCAUUAGGUGGUGUGCCAUUUGAAAACCAUGAUAGUAAGAAAAUUAUUAAUACUUUGGAUUACCAAAUAGAUCAAUAUUUUGCAGAACAAGGUAAUGAUGCCCAUUUAAUAGCAUCUAACAAUUCAGAAGUUUUUCAAUAUAUCAGAUUGAAAAGAAGAUUAGCAAGAUUGUUUGAUUUAAAUGGUAAUCAUACUGUUGCAUUAGAUGUAUUGUUAAAUUCGCAGUCAGUUUUUGAAAAUUUCGAAAAAAAUAAAGACAUGGUAAGAUCAUCUAUAGAGUAUAAACAAAUACCAAAUGACUUCCAUUUAGAAGAAUAUAUUGUUGAAUUGGAACAAUUGAAAAAUGCUUUAAAUAUUGAUAAAUUUGAAGAUGUUUAUGCUUCAGAAAUUUUAGAAAAAGUUAAGGAAUUAUCAAAUGCAAAUUAUGCCACAAUGGAAAAGAAGAUUAUUUGGAAUAAACUUUAUAAGAACUUAUGUAUGUUGUUCAGACACAAUAAUGAUUCUACAUUUGCUUUAGACAAUGUUGUUACAAGUGCCAAAGAAUUCGGAAAAUUCCAAAAUUUGGUCAAGUCUGGUGAAGUUAAUGUGAUUGAAAAACAACUAGAAUUUUUAAAAGCUAAUGAAUAUGAAAUAUUGGGCAAGUUUUUAUUAGAUUCAAAAUUACUAUUCAAACCAGAUAUUUAUUCCAUCUCGAAAGAAGAAUUUGAAAAUAUAGUUGAUGAAAAUAUCUCAAAUUUGGAUAUUUCUUCACCACAAUAUUUAUUCCGCAAAGCAGUUCUUAAUCAAUUAAAAAAUUAUAACUCAGAAAUUGAUAACUAUCCAACAUUUAUUGUUUGUCUUUAUGGUAUGAAUAAAAAUUCUCGAGGACCAAUGACUUCACAAGCAAUUCAAGAAUUUUAUAAUGAUUUGAAAAAAUCACUUGAUGACAAAGCAAAAGAUUCAAUUACUCAUAAUUCUACACCAAUCUCAAAUAAGUUUGAUAUUGAACAAUUUAAACCAUCAGUUUCUUCAAAUGUAAAUGAAAAAUAUCAUGAUUCCGAAAAAUAUUUAUCAGAUUUGAACAAAAAGCAAGAAGAUGUUUCCAAUUUUGAAGAAUUUGAAAAUCACUUUAUACCUCCUCAACCAGAACCAGUCAAGACAAUACAACCAAAGGUUAUUUGCACAAAAAAAGAACAUCAAGAACCAUUACGUCAUGUUAAAGUACAAGAGAAACCUAAGUCAAAGAAUCCAAUAGAUACUACCACACCAUUGACUGCAAACACUACUACUUCACAGUUAAAAAAAGAAGAAAUUGGAUGGAAAGAACCAUAUGAAGAUUUACCAGGUUAUAAAACGUCAUAUAUGUUAUUAACAUUAGAUGGAGAUUCAAUUCCAAUUUCGAAAUCUUUAUUAGGAAAUAUUAAAUUAGAUGAAGAUAUAUUCCAAAUUUUAAAUAAUUUCGAUAAACAAGAGCUUUUAUUAAUUAAUGAAAAAUUAAACAUUUUACAAUUCAAAAAUUGGAAAAUUAUUGGGUAUAAAAUUAUGGAUGGUAGAAAAUAUCUUAUAUUAGGAAAAGAUGUUACUGGUAAUAAGAAAUUUAAUAGACUUAAAGAUAUUUUCUCGGUUAUUGGUUUGAUUUUGGUAAGUUUAAUUGGUUUGAAUAUUUAUUGGGAAGAACCAAUAGAAUAUAAAGAAAAUCAACAACAAGAAAAACAUCAAGAUGAACCAUUAAGAGUUGUUGAUAACACAAUAAUCCCAAAUGUUGAAGAAUUUAAAAAUAUAAAUCAUGAUGAUCAUUACAUAAAGCAAGAUCAAUUAAAUAAUAUUAAAAAUGAAUUUUUGAAAGAUAAAAUAUCAAAAGAAAACGAUAAUAUGAUUAAACAAGAUACCAAAUCUAGUUGGAGAAAAUUCUUAUGGGCUUGA